AUGGCAGAAUUUAAAAAACAAAUCAGUGAAUUAUCAGAAAAAUUUAUUGAAGAUUUAAAAUAUGCAAUCGAAACCAACAUAAUAAAUAAUGAUGACGAUGAUGAUGAAGGAGAUGAUGAAGAAGAAACAAAUUUUGAUCCAUUAGAAUAUAAAUUUUUAUCAACAAAAGCACCAAAAGAAAAGUUCAUGGAAUCACUUCAAAAAGUUACAAAAUCAAUUGUUGCAUUAUCAAAUGCAAUUCAAAAGAAUGAAAGAUCAAAUAUGAUUCGUUCAACAGGUGAUGUUGCAACAGUUUUCACUCAAAUUAAUAAUGAAGCAACAGAAAUUGCAAGAAGUUUACCAGAUGGUAAAGCAAAAGAAAAGUUAUUAGAAUCAACAAGUAGAUGUAAAACAUCAUCAGUACAAUUAAAGAUUAAUAUUUCUGUUAAAGCUUCAAGUGAUGAGAGUGAUGAUGUUUCUGAUUUAAAUAAUAAAAUCGUUGGAUUAUUUGAAUUAAUUAAUCAAUGUUUUAGUGUAAUCGCUCAUUCAGAUAGAGUUUAUAAUGAUAUGGAUUUCAAUAAACAAUCAUUUGGUAGUUCAACUUCAUCUUGGAAUACUAUUUCUUGGAAUUAA